AUGGACGCUACAACACAGCGCAUUUUGGAUCUUGCGCCGACUAUUGCAUCUGACGCUGAGAUCAGCGGGCGACUUCGAGCUUUUCUUGGAACGAAGGGCGGUGGGGCGAAUAAGAAUAGAAGGAGGAAGGCUACUGCUGUAGAGCUGUAUCGUGGUCUUCAGCGUCACCUUCAUUCUUUGGAGUCUCACGAAGCGUCGCAGCUGCUGAUUGAAGUUGAACAGCGUCUUGCUGUGGUGGACACACCUGAGUUUAUCUUCACUCAGAGUGUUGCGCUUUUUCCUGAUCGGCCUGAAGACUACCCUGAUAUCGCUGUGCCCGCUUCACCUUCUCCUCCGGCGGAUGAUAAUGCAUUGACUGCUGCGGCGGCUGUGGCUCCCAUUUUGGUUGAUGAUCCACCCGCUCCGGCUACUCCUCCUUUGGAUGAUAAUGCAUUGACUGCUGCGGCGGCUGUGGCUCCCAUUUUGGUUGAUGAUCCACCCGCUCCGGCUACUCCUCCUUUGGAUUUUAAUGCAUCGUCCGCUGCGGCGGCUCCUCUCUUGAUUGAUGAUUCUCUUGAGACACCCGCGCCGAGACCUCCUGCUAGUGCCUCGGCCAACUUGCCUCAUACUCCGAAGCCCCCAAGGUCUAGACCAAGAAUAAGUGGUAUUAGGACGCCGGUUCCUCCACCUUCUAGGCCCAAACACUUGGGGAUUAGAACGCCAAUCCCUCCAUCUGCAGGACGGGAGGCUCCAGAAGGGGGCUACUUGGUAGUUCGCCCCAAGAAGCGGCCAAAGCCGCCACAGGACCUAGAGGGAGAAGAUUUGACCCGAGAAUUCCCAACGAUUCCCGAGUCUUUCCUUCCUCGUAGUGUUGAUCCGGUUGUUGAGGGUUCGGUUAAUUCUUGGACAACAAGAGAAUGGGAGGAAUAUAAUUCUAGACAGGAGCCAUCUUCUGCUUCUGUUGUACCGGCUACUGUGCCGCAGCCACCAACGCCGCUGCCAUUGGAAGUGCUACACACCUUUAACGACACAUCAGAGUUUGGCAGACAUCUUCAGCGAGCAUUGCAGUAUCGGGCAGGGGUGCGCUUUGUGUUGUCCCUCGACUUCCACAAAGUCUUUGACCGGCCAGAUAAGUCGACCCAAUUAUGGAACUCGUUGCGCGACGUGGAGGCUUUGCAGAACCUGCCCCUCGUACAUAUUGAUGACAAAUGGGACAUCUGCGCUGAGUUCAACAGGUGGCAUCUGGAGUCCUGGAAAGGCAUCCACCUUCCUUGGGGCGGUCGCCGUGAGCUGGCCGACAUCGUGUCGCCGGUAAUCGCCGGGUGGCGCUGA